AUCCAAUUCGAACAUUCUCUCACACUCUAAUUCUACAUUACAAUUUCUUUCUUUUUGUUGUUGUCACACAAAUAAACACAUGGUGAUGGCUCCAAGGUUGGUUUUGGUAACAGUGUUGUUACUCUUUGUGUUUACUAUUAACUGUAAAUCCUCUAGUGUUGGUCACAUUCCCUCAAAUGAAGAUGAAGGUCGUGAUUUUCAAGAUGUGAAAGCCAAGACCAUGGAAACUGCAAACAAAGCAUCAGAAACAGGAAAAGAAGGGAAAGAAGCCGCAGAGACAUGGACUGAGUGGGCCAAAGAGAAAAUCACCGAAGGCCUUGGCUUCAAAGACAAAGAUAAGGACAGCACCACCACUGAUAAAGCCUCUGAAUAUGCUUCAGACGCUGCACACAAAACCAAACACUAUGCAGAUGAAACUGCACACAAGUCCAAGGAAACUGCUCAAAAAGCCAGUGACCAUGCCCAUGAUGCUGCUGAGAAAACCAAAGGCUAUGCUUGGGAUGCUUCUAAGAAAAUCAGAGAUUAUGCCACUGAUGCUUCUGAGAAGACCAAACAUUAUGCUGCUGACGAAAGCUAUGCAGAUGAUGAUGAUGAUGCAGAGGACAACAGAGACUUUGCCGGUGAAGCUAUUCAUAAGGCUGGAGAAUACACAGGUAGUGCUGCACAGAAGGCCAAAGAAUAUGCUACUGAUGCUGCUCAGAAGGCUGCACAGAAAGCCAAAGAAUAUGCCACUGGUGCAGCGCACAAGUCCAAAGAGUAUGCAGGUGAUGCUGCACAAAAAACCAAAGAGUAUGCAGGUGAUGCUACAGAGAAGACCAAAGAGUAUGCAGGCGAUGCUGCACAGAAAACCAAAGACUAUGCUGGUGGUGCUACUCAGAAGAGCAAAGAGUAUGCAACUGAUGCAGCAUACAAGUCUAAAGAGUAUGCUGGUGAUGCUGCACAGAUGGCCAAAGAUGCAGCAUACAAGACCAAAGAUUAUGCAGGUGAUGCAGCAGAGAAGACCAAAGAUUAUGGAAGUGAUGCUGCACAGAAGGCAAAAGAUGCAGCAUACAAGACUAAAGACUAUGCUGGUGAUGCUGCCGAGAAGACCAAAGAUGCAGCAUACAAGACCAAAGAUUAUGCGGGUGAUGCUACAGAAAAGACAAGAGAAUAUGCCAAUGCUGCAGCAUACAAGUCUAAAGACUAUGCAGGUGAUGCUGCAGAGAAGACCAAAGAUGCAGCAUAUAAGACCAAAGACUAUGCUGGUGAAGCUGCACAAAAAGCCAAAGAUUAUGCAGGUGAUGCUGCUCACAAUACUAGAGAGUAUGCCAAUGAUGCAGCAUACAAAUCUAAAGACUAUGCAGGUGAUGCUGCUCAAAAAACCAAAGAGGCUUCUGAAUAUGCCAAUGACACCACUCAGAAGACAGCAAAGUAUGGAGCUGAUACUGCUCAGAAAACCAAAAAUAAAAUCCAAGACGUUGCAUCUGGGACAGGAGAACACAGUGCAGAGAAGGCUAAAGAAGUGAAGGACACAGCAGCAGAGAAAGCAAGUAACAUAGCAAAUGCAGCCAAGGAAACCAUAGCCUCAAACUAUGAAGCUGCAAAGCAAAAAUUGGGUGGACAACGCCGAGAUCCUGAGCUUUAAGCUUCUCAUGAUGACAUCUUCUAUAGAAGAGAAGACCUUUCUUAUGUGUGUGUAUAUAUCAUCAUAUAUGGGAGUAGUAAUCUUUUUCUUUGUUUUGUUGUUUGCUAGUGCUGUGUUUGGUCUCUCAUGAUAGCAACCACAUAGCACAAGUCAGAACAUUUUGUAUCAAGUCGAAUAUGUUUUUGUUUCUUAAGAGCUUAAAAAAUAAUAGUCACCAUUCCCCCUAUAUAUACUCCAAUUUGUAUGAAUAAUUUAUUUUUAU